AUGGAAAUGAUCCGCUUUCGCAGUUCAAGUAUCAAGUCCUUGAGCCAAGAGAUCAAAUGUACAAUCAGACUGCUGGAUGACACUGAACUACCCUGUAUUAUCCAGAGAGACACCAAAGGUCAAUUCCUCAUUGAUCAUGUUUGCAACCAUUUCAGCUUGUUGGAAAAGGAUUACUUUGGCAUUAGAUAUGUUGAUCCAGAAAAACAAAGGCAUUGGCUGGAACCCAACAAGUCAGUUGUGAAGCAAAUGAAAUCUCAGCCUCCGUAUACCAUGUGUUUUAGAGUGAAGUUCUAUCCUAGUGAACCAGUGAAGGUCAAAGAGGAGCUCACCAGGUAUUUAUUGUAUCUUCAGAUUAAAAGGGACAUAUUUCAUGGACGGCUUCUUUGCUCUUUGUCAGAUGCAGCUUCUCUGGGUGCAUAUACUUUACAAGCUGAGUUGGGUGAUUAUGAACCAGAUGAACACCCAGAGGGAUAUGUUAGUGAAAUUAAAUUGUUUCCCAAGCAAACUCAAAAACUGGAAAGAAAAAUGGAGCAGAUUCACAAAAAUGAACUAAGGGGACAGACAGCAGCUGUUGCGGAACUGAAUCUGCUGCAGAAAGCUCAUACUUUAGAAACCUAUGGUGUUGAUCCCCAUCCAUGCAAGGAUUCAUCAGGAGCUACAACUUUCAUUGGAUUCACUGCCACAGGUUUUGUUGUGUUCCAAGGGAAUAAAAGGAUUCAUCUCCUAAAAUGGUCUGAUGUCAGCAAAUUGAAAUUCGAUGGGAAGACAUUUUAUGUUCAUGGUGUUCAGAAAGAGAAGAAAACAGUACUGACUUAUCAUACAUCAACCCCAGCUGCUUGCAAGCAUCUUUGGAAAUGUGGUGUGGAGAACCAAGCUUUUUACAAGUAUGAAAAAUCCAGUCAGAUCAAGACUGUGUCCAGCAGCAACAUUUUUUUCAAAGGCAGGAGAUUUCGUUUCAGUGGAAGAGUUGCAAAAGAGGUUAUUGAAGCAAGCACCAAAAUUCAGCGCACCCCUCCUGAAGUUCAUAGGUCCACACUUGCCCAGAGUCGGAGUUACAAUUCUUUAUCCAAGCAGUUGAUAUUAAGCACUGAGACAACAAAAUCAUGGCUUCCAUCUCCUGAUGAAUCUGAAGAGCAAUCUGCCAUGGAUGAGGAAUAUAAUUUUAUUGAUGAAGGGAGAUUGUUGGUGUUGAAUGAUGAAUCUCCGUCUGAAGCAGAAAAGGAGAAAGAGCCACAGAGUGAGAAAGGAGAGAUGAGUGAAUUCAAAUGUGAGAACAAAGAGGAAAACAGUGAUGAAGCUUUAACCAUAUCAGAAUUAGUGUAUAAUCCAAGUGCCAGUGUCCUGCCUACUCCUGUAGAAGAUGGUGGGAUUGACUUGCUCUUUAAUAGUCAACCAUUUGGAAAUCAGAGGGAUGAAGGAAAUUUGUAUGAUGAGCUAGAUGCAAAUGAAACCACACCGCUGAUUGCUGAAGAAGAAGAAUUAAAGGAUGUAAAGCGAGUACUCACCAGCAGCUUUGAAUUGUUAACAAGCAACAAACAUCUGAACGCACUCGCAAAAAGCUUUGUGAAACUUCUUCUGGUGGGGUUGGGCUUGAUGCUGUUUGCUUUCCCACUUCUUUUGGUCUUGCUGGAAUCCGACAUUGAUGCUUCUUUUCUGAGGGAAAUCCGGCAGACACCAGAGUUUGAGCAGUUUCACAAUGAAUACUACUGUCCGCUUAGAGAGUGGUUGGCAUGUAAAGUACAUUACAUCUUUGAUAAGCUAGGCAGCACCUGAAA